AUGGUCAUCACUCGUAGCAGGACGCUUGCCGCAGUUGCACUGGGCGCUUGCGCCUGGUUUGGUCACUAUGCUUUCAUGCAGAUAGCGGGCGCGCAGCAUCCUACAGUCACAAGCAACGUGCGUGGCUUGCGACUGGGUGCUCCAGAAAGGCAGGGAAUGGCAAGCUCGGGUGUGUCAGCUGCAGCAGCAGCCACGGUCGCAGCAUGCCUCGUCGGCGUUGCGCUGCGCACGCCGCGAACCAGCUCCGUGCCGCGCAAGCUGUUUUUUGGUGGAGGUCGAGAUCCAUCUCCAGAUGAUGUGACAACCAAGGUCUUCUUCGACAUCACCAUUGGCGGUCAGUCUGCUGGACGCGUUGUCUUCGGACUGUACGGCGAUAUUGUCCCAAAGACGGUCGAGAACUUCCGCACGCUUUGCGAGAAACCCCAGGGCCAGGGCUUCAAAGGCUGCCCCUUCCACCGCAUCAUUCCAGGCUUCAUGUGCCAGGGUGGCGAUUUCACAAACUUCAACGGCACCGGUGGCCGCAGCAUUUAUGGCAACAAGUUCGAGGAUGAGAACUUUGAGCUGAACCACACGAAGCCAGGCCUCCUCAGCAUGGCAAAUGCUGGGCCAAACACAAAUGGCUCGCAGUUCUUCAUCACUGUGGCACCCACCGACUGGCUCAAUGGCAAACACGUUGUCUUCGGCGAGGUUCUGGAAGGAUAUGACGUGGUGCAGAAGAUGGAGUCCAUGGGAUCUCAAUCGGGCAGGUGCAGAGCAGAGGUUGCUAUCUCUGAUGCAGGUGUGGUCUAA